CGCAUGCGCGCUACUGUUCGACCUCUUUGCCACGUUUGCCCUGAGAAGUUGCACAGCUAAACCGGGAAGUGGUCAGAAACCGAACGAAUAUUACCAAAAAUGAAGUACCUACUCGCUUUCCUUGUCGUGGCCUGCGUUGCCGUUGUUUAUGAUGCAGCAGACGUCGCCGAAGAAGGAGAUGUCCUUAUCCUUACUACAGACAAUUUCCAAGAAGUGAUCGACGGAAACGACUACGUCCUUGUUGAAUUCUAUGCACCAUGGUGUGGACACUGCAAGGCUUUGGCUCCAGAAUACUCAAAAGCUGCUAAACAACUGAAAGAUGAUGGCUCAGACAUCAAACUCGGUAAAGUUGAUGCCACAAUUGAGAGCGACUUGGCUCAGAAAUUUGGAGUUAGAGGUUAUCCAACAUUGAAAUUCUUCAAGAAGGGCAAAGAGAGUGAUUACCAAGGUGGUAGAGAAGCUGAUGGCAUUGUGAACUGGUUGAACAAGAAGACUGGUCCACCAGCUAAAACUUUAGAAAGUGUUGAGGAUGCUGAGAAGCUUGCCGAGAAGGAGGUCUGCGUAAUUGGUUUCUUUAAAAGUGCUGACAGUGACAAUGCUAAAAUAUUCUUGGAAGUUGCUUCUGCCAAUGAUGAUAUCUCAUUUGGUAUUACAUCAAGUGAUGAUGUCUUCAAGAAAUACGAAGUUAAGGAUGGUGCUAUUGUCUUACUGAAAAAGUUUGAUGAAGGUCGUAACGACUAUGAUGGAGACCUCACUGCUGAUGCUCUUGCAACAUUUGUGGCUGCCAACAGUUUACCACUUGUCAUUGAAUUCAGUGAACAGACUGCACAGAAAAUCUUCGGUGGCGAUAUCAAAAAACACAACCUGAUGUUCCUGGACAAAGAAGUAGAGAACUUCCAGUCUAUUUACGAUGGUUUCACAGAAGCAGCCAAAGACUUCAAAGGAAAGGUUCUUUUUGUCAUGAUUGAUGCCGGCAGUGAAGAUAAUGGUCGUAUUUUGGAAUUCUUUGGACUGAAGAAGGAAGACACCCCAGCUGUGCGACUCAUCAAUCUGGAAGCUGAUAUGGCUAAAUUCAAACCUGAAAGUGAUGAAAUCAAAGCUGAAACAAUGAAGACCUUUGUUAAUGCUGUGCUCGACGGCAAACUGAAGCCUCACCUCAUGUCAGCGGAUGUUCCCGAAGACUGGGAUAAGGAGGCUGUCAAAGUCCUUGUUGGAAAGAACUUUGAAGAAGUGGCACUAGACAAGACGAAGGAUGUACUUGUUGAAUUUUAUGCUCCUUGGUGUGGACACUGCAAACAGCUAGCCCCAAUUUAUGAUGAAUUAGCAGAAAAUUUCAAAGACAGGGAAGAUAUCGUCAUUGCUAAAAUGGAUGCUACUGCAAAUGAAAUUGAAGUUGUUAAAGUGCAAAGCUUCCCAACCCUUAAAUUUUUCCCAAAAGACAGUAGCGAUAUCAUAGAUUACAAUGGUGAGCGUACUUUGGAAGGAUUUACUAAAUUCUUAGAAAGUGGUGGCAAACAUGGCGCCGGCCCAUCAGAUGAAGAUGAAGAUCUGGAUGAGGAAGAGGAGGAAGAGCAAGAAGAACAAAAGAAAGAUGAAUUGUAAAAUCAUUUCAGCUUAAGACAUUCUGCAUCUACAGGCAUUUUUUAGCUUUUAAGCGUCUGCUUUUUUUUUGUAGAAAAUUCUGUAGAAGAAAGCUUUUGAAUUAUAAUUUAAAAAAAUUAUGUAUUUAAAAAAAAAAAGGGUUCUUAUUGGGUUUGUAAGGAACAAGGACCUGUUGCCAUACUGUUUAUGUUUGCUUAGUUUUCAUCUUCCUAUCUGCCAGUCAAUAGAUAACAAAUUUAAAUAUUUUUUUUUUUAAAAUCAAUUUAUUCUAUUUUAUGUCGUGCAUAAUUUUGUCAUCGUGUAUAAUUUGGUAACUUGCGUACAUUUCGUAUAUAUAUAUAUAUAUAUAAUGAAAUAGAUUUAAUAUGACUUCCUUGAUGUUGCUUUUCAUCUUGUGCAGUAGCCUCUUCCAUCUGGAUCAGUUAAUCUGGGGGGGGGGGGUACAUGUCUUCAGAAUAAAGUUCGGGUCACAGGUCAUAAAUAUACCAUCAUUGAACUUAUAAAUGAAAGAAUCAAUAUAUUUUUAUUGAAAGUGUGGUUUAUCCUGCAUGUACUGUGCUUCCAGUGAUUUUUUUUUUCCCCCUUGAUGUGAUGUUGUAGAAAGGGUUCAUUUAUUUUAUGAUUAUGUAUAAGAAUAGAAAAUGUUGACUGUCGUAUUUUCCCCCUUUUUUUUUAAGCAAUGAUAUAUUUUAAUUUUAUUGAAUUUGAUCAGUUGUAAACCUGAAAUCCACUAUAAUAUAUUUGAAAUAAUAAAAUAUUCCCUUACACCACCUCUAUCGUUGUGACAAGUUUGUUUCUAGGUUUUUCAUAUAAUUUUGAAUUUUAAAAUCCGAUUAUAUUAUCGAGAUGCAUUUUCAAGUUUGUAGAUGAGGUAUAUAUUCAAAGUGGAGUUCAGGUCCGACUUGCAUUGUGUUUUAUUAUGUGCAGAAAAUUCUCAAGAAAUUUUGUAUAUUUUAAUGCUUACAUUGGGCGUCAAAAUAAAAUUACUUUGAAAACUUAUCCUCUCAUUAAUAUUCCCUGGAACAUUGCCAGCUGGGUUUGUUUGUGAUAUUGGUGUUUUUAUUUUCAAAAAAGCUGAUACUCCUUGACAGGUGGCAUAUGCAGGUCCUAGUAUUCUCCCAAAGUCAUUUUAUUUUGGCGCCAAAUGUAAAGAGAUGGUGACAUGUGAAGUGCUGAAUUGGUGCGUUACUAGUUUCAUCACUCUGGCUUCUUAUGAAGGUGUGGAACGCAAACUAAUAGCUGCAAACUCUGAAUAAUUAGGAUUGUGUGUUCAAUGUUUGAAAAUGAAUCCUGUGGUAAAAAGAAUUGAAAAAGCAUGAACUAGUUUUACCUGCCUGUUCUUCUGAAAUGUCCGAUUUUCUGCAAUAAACUCUACUUUCUUCAAUUUCUGCAGUGAAGGGAAAGGGGGGGGGGGGUUCUGUUUUAUAUUGUCGCCAAAACCCUAUUUUUUUUUUCAAUAAAGAAUCCUUAUUCUCGUAACUGGAUUCAUCAAUGAUGCUCAUUGUCUGUUGUAAUUUAUGGGUUUGUAAUAUUUUAUCAGCACUGUUUAAAUGACCAUGGGAGAAAUAAACUACCGGUAUCUGCUGAAA